AUGCAUCAACCAUAUCAACAGAAGUACAGCCACCAAUUAAUAGGCGAUCCGUUUGCUACAAUUUUAACGGCGACACAAGAUGCACUAUCACAUCCACCGCCGACGUCAACGCCCACCCAGAUCCUAACGCAGACACAAACAGCGAUUGAGUCACAGUUGCAACCUCAGUCGCAGACACAACCGCAGCAACAGCAUCAACAACAACAACGGCAGCAGUCAACGCAGCGUGAAGAACAGCUGCCGAUAACGCAGCCGUCUAUGUCUGCAGCGCACAUUUCGUCACCCUUGGCGUCCAGCCUAAUGGUGACAGCGCAACAACAGCAACUACAGCAUCAAUUGCUAYAAAUCCAGCAAGAGCAGCUGCAUCAGCCACCACAACAGCCCCUAACACCGACAUCAACACCCUCACAUCAUUUGGCUAACAUUUUGAACUAA